AAAUGCCUGAUGAUAGUGAAGAAAUAUUGAAAACGAGGAAAUUUCUCAAAGAACGUUUACAGAGGGAUUACAGCACUUUUCGUGGCCAUGAAAAUGAACGGGAUAAUAUCAGACAAUUGCUGCAAAGGACCGCCGAAAUGGGUGAAUCGAAUUCGAUGUUGUUGAUAGGACCACGAGGAUCAGGAAAGACAACACUUGUCAAUGCUGUCCUGACGGAUUUAAUGAAAAACAAGGACUUCAUUCAAAACACAUUAAUUGUCCAUCUAAAUGGUAAUCUACAUACAGAUGAUCGCCUGGCCCUGAAAUCUGUUACGGUACAAAUGCAAUUGGAAAAUGCCACCGAUGGCAAGGUAUUCGGUUCAUUCGCCGAAAAUUUGGCAUUUUUACUUGCCUGCUUGAAGGCGGGAAAUAAACGCUCGAAAAGUGUAGUAUUUAUAUUGGACGAAUUCGAUUUAUUCUGUGCACAUCACAAUCAAACUCUUCUCUAUAAUCUCUUUGACGUAUCACAAAGUGCCCAGGCACCGAUUUGUGUUCUGGGUGUAACCUGUCGUUUAGAUGUUAUUGAACUAUUGGAGAAACGUGUAAAAUCUCGAUUUUCACAUCGCCAAGUAUUUAUAUUUCCAAAUGCUGAAGAUUUUGAUGAAUAUGUUAAGCUGUUUGCUGAACUUUUAACCAUACCCAGUGACAAACAAUUAAAAGAAUUAGCCGAUCGAGUUGGCGCACUCAAACAUUUACAUUCCAGUGAAUUGACCUUUCAUCGCAGUCAUUUUCAACCCUCCAAUUAUAAAUUUAAUAAGAAAUAUGUGGAGACAUGGAACAAACAUAUUGCAGAGUUAAUAAAAACCCCCUCAGUGGUUAAAUCCCUACAGGCCCUAUUCGAUUUUGAUGUUAGUCAAGCAUUUCUCAAAACGUUCAUUUUCCGUUUGGUGUGUCAAAUGCAAACAAACCAUCGGAUUGAGGAACAAAUUACAGCCGAACAUAUUGCCCAGUUAACUGCCACCUAUGAAAUGGAUGAAAAAGUUGAAUUAUUAUGUGGCCUAUCUGUAUUGGAGCUAUGUCUGGUCAUUGCCAUGAAACAUCAUUCGGAAAUCUAUGAUCGUGAUCCAUUCAAUUUUGAAAUAAUAUUUUCACGUUUUAAUAAAUUCGCCAAAGUGUCAUCGACCAUGCAGGGUAUUGAACGGCCGGUGGCAUUAAAGGCAUUUGAACAUUUACGCAAUAUGGAAAUUUUAUUACCCCUGACGGCCACAACAUGUAAAGUGCAGAAAGAAUUUGAAAUGCAUAAAAUGGUCUUAACAUAUGGACAAAUUAAUCAGGCGGUACAACGUUAUCAGGCUCUGCCUACCGAAGUGCAUCAAUGGUCGCAGAGUUCAUUAAUUUGAGGG